AUGUUCCUAUCCCUUCUCCUGUUGUCUCCCUCCCUUGUCCUAGCUGUCCUUCCCCUGCAACAGCAACCAUUUUUGCGUCAAUUGCCAUUUGAUGUCCAGGGCCACCGUGGCGGUCGAGGAAAUGCGAUAGAAAACACGCUACCCGGAUUCGCGUGGGGCCUCAUCGACGGCGCCACAACCUUGGAGCUUGACAAUGGAAUAACUAAGGAUGGCGUAGUCGUAGUCUGGCACGACCAGCAAAUUUUACCGGAAAAAUGCUUGGAUACUGCUCCCGCUACACCUGGGGACCCAUAUUUCCCUUACGUCGGAAAGUUUCUCGUCGAUCUCACGUUGGCACAACUCCAAACACUUGACUGUGGCUCUCAGCGACAAACGAACUACCCAUUACAACUCACUUACCCCGGAACCAGGAUCUCUACUCUCGAGGAGGUGUUCGCAUUUGUGGAAUGUGCUGAUCCUGAACGCUCGAUUCUUUGGAACAUAGAGUCAAAGAUCGACGCUGUCUUUCCCGAGAGGACGGCUAGUGUACAGACCUUCGUCACCAAACAGCAUGAAAUUUUCGCGAAAAGCUCAUACAAGAAUGCCAUCACAUUUCAGGGCUUUGAUUGGAGAUCGCUGGUGGCCAUGAGGGAAUUGGAUCCACAAAUCGUCACUUCUGCGUUGGCGGAAUAUGAGACGACCGAGAUGUAUGGACAGGAAGUCUCUCCAUGGUUAGCAGGCGUAGAUCUCGCAGCAUUCUCUGGAUCGUUCGGUGUCAAACUCGCCCAGGCAGCCCACGCUAUAAACGCAACAAUUUUGAGUCCCAGCGCUUUCAAAUCGAAUCUUUCUUUGACAACCAAAGAAAUGGUCGACCGCGCACAUGAGCUGGGGAUCCAAGUCAAACCUUGGACUGUCAAUUCGAUGGAUGUUGCUCAAGACUUGUUGGAUUGGGGGAUAGACGGGAUGAUUACAGACUACCCCAACAUGGUGAGAAGAUUUGUCCAGCAGCAAGGUCGAGUCGUAGCACCAAAGUACCCCAAACGGCGUGUGUUGAGCUGCCUAGAGAAGUACCUGUAG